CACCCCCAUGAUAAAGGCUAAAUUAGAAAUUCAAGAUAACGUUACUGAUGACGCAGUAUGGCUAUUUGUAAAAUGAAAAAAACAUCUUUAGUUCUUGGCACUGCAAAACAGUAAAAUAAGUAUAAUUUUUGCAAUCGAGAAAACAUUAGCAAAAAAGAAAAUGGGAGAAACCGCUCCAAAUUAGGUGUGCCAAGCAAGUGGCAUCAUACACAAGAAGAUUGGAGAUUGUUAAUUGCUGCCUAAGUUAACGUUACAGAAGAAGUCCUCAAUGUAAUAAUGUCUAGACACACUGGAUGCCAAAGCACCCUGAUUGCGGACAGCAGGAGACUGAGGAGGAUCAUUGCUGAGAAUCCAAACUGGUCCUUGGGCCUUGUUCCCUUUUUAUCAAACCUCUGCUUAGAGUGUAUUGUGAAAAAUUUUGAGGGAACUCCCAUCUAUGAGGAGCUUAGACCGAGCCAGAGAGAAUUUGUGCAGGAGAGACUGUCAACAUCUCUGCCCCUUCCUGUGACGGCCAACUUGAUUGAUGAUGGCAUCUACUGGAGGCGAUGCUGUGAGCAGCGGUGGGACAUUUGUGACGUGUCUCAUUACGGCCACAGCUGGAAGCGGAUGUUCUUCGAGAGACACCUGGAAAAUAUUAUUGAGCAUUUCAUUCCGGAGACGACCCACUCUAAGACAGUUACAGAGUUCAUCCCUCUGUGCGAGAGGUACGUGAAGAGGCUGGACAUCUCCCAAAUGCUCCCUCCUGUCAAAGAAGCCAAGCCAGGAAAGCACGGAGAGGAAGUGGACUUGCUGAGCGAAGCGGACUCGGACGCUGUCCUCAUGGAACACUUUGACUUCCGCCAUCUUCUGGACAAGCUGGGCAGCCUGGAGGAGCUCCACUUGACCUACUGGGUCAAACAGUGUGGAAUGAACUUUGAAUGGAGGAUGUUUGAGAUGGCGGAACGAGACUGCGAGACUCUCUCCAUGGCUCUUGAAUCCUGCAAGACCUUGAAGGUCUUACGGCUCUACGAAAGCCACAUUGAUGAUCAUAAGUGCAAGAUGCUGGUCGGCUAUCUUGUGAACCACCCGUCCCUGACAGAGCUCAACCUUUCGCAUAACAUCAUCGGAGACAGGGGGGCCAAGGCGGUCGGCAAGCUGCUCCAAACCAGCAAACUAGAGAUCCUGAACAUGAGCGACAACCUUAUUCGAGACUUGGGAGCCAACGCCAUCGCUGCCGCCCUGUCCAAUAACUGCCCCCUAUUGUCCCUCAACCUUCGCAUCAACCGCGUGAGCGACGAGGGUGGUCAGGCCAUUGCCAUGGCCUUGCUGAACAACGAGACCUUGAUCCACCUGCACCUGGGAGCCAACCUGAUGACCGGGCCCACUGCCAUCACUCUAUCAGAAGCACUGGCUAAAAAUCAAACCCUGAAGAGCAUCAACCUCUCCUGCAACAAACUGGGUGUGGAUGGAGGAAAAGCUCUGGAGGAGACCAUAUCUCAAAACAGCUGCUUAACAGAAUGUGAUGUCCGGCUGACGGAGAUCGACGAGCAGAGCGCCUCUAUCAUCAAUCGGGUGGUUUGGAUCAAUGAGAGAUCAGAAGGAAAGCAACAAACACAAGAUACCGAGGACCCACAUCACGUACCUGAAACUCGUCAUCAGGGUAUACAGCAUCAAAAAUCAGAAGAAGAAGAAGAAGAAGAAGAAGAAGAAGAAGAUGAAGAACAAAAAGAAGAAGACAAAGACGAAGAAGAAGAAGAAGAAGAUGAAGAAGACGACGAAGAAGAAGAAGAAGAAGAAGAACAAGAAGAACAAGAACAAGAAGAAACUGCAGUUAAUUCUGGAAAAUAAUGAGCAGAUUGAAUAAUUAUGGUCCAGUAAAGGGUCAGGGCUUUAUGAAUCCAGGAUAACUGGACUCUUCAGUUUUUUAUAAAAAAUGUUUUGGUCUAGCUCAUUGCAGAUGGAUGCAUGACUGUAUACACCUUUCAGUUACUAUGUCUAACGAGCAACCGGACUGUGUACAAACAACUGUACAUUGAUGCUCAAGUAGAAUCAGCCACAAAAGUGAGUACACCCUUCAGUCACUAACCAUUUUAUUUGAUGUUCUCAAGGGACAAAACUUUGAUUCACAUUAACUUAAGAGUAGUCAACAUACAGCCUGCAUAGUACUAUAGAUUUAAUAUGCUUUAAAAAUAACUCAACACUCAUUGCCAUUAUUCUCUAAAUAGCUUGAAAAACAAGUGUGCACACCUCAUAGUGAAAAUGUACAAGUUUUGAGCACCAUUAUCUCGCACUGCCUUGAUCCAUCAUGGGCAUGGAAUUCACCAGAAUCCUUUUCCAUGAUGCAUAGCUGGUGGAUGCGAGACACUUUGCGUUUCUCCACCUUCCUUCCACUUGCUCGCACUUGCUCAUCUUGGAGGUGCAUUUACCAUGCUGGAAAACAGCCAUGCAGUCCAGUUUCCCAUGGGAGGGGCUCUGUGCCGUGCUUCAGAAUGUCACCGUUCAUGUUGGAAUUCAUGUUUCCCUCAAUGAACCGCAGCUCCCAGCACCGUCAGCACUCAUGCAGCCCCAGAACAUGAUGCUACAGUCACAAUUAUCUUGGUACUCACUUGUGUUGCCAGCUGUUUAGUCGAUAAUGGCUGUGUUGAUGUCUUAGUGUUUUGUAAAAACUGCUCUACAAGCUGUACACUGACUUCUCCAAAGUAUUGUUCAUCUUUUCCAGCCCAAUUUCUUCACAUUUUAUCAUAGCUAAUAAGGAUCCUCCACACUUCAUUCAAACAGCUAUGCUUGUUUCACAUCCCAAACACUGAAUGAGGAAAUAACAUCCACUUAAAGAGCUGACGUGUUCCGCUGGCUUCUACUUUAGAACUAAUCUUAAUUUGAAGGGCUCUGUCCUACUUCAUAUCUGUCUCUAUAAAGUUGCGGCACUCCCGAUUUCCAUUACCAUUCCCUUUUGAAAAUCAGACUGAACAUACACUGACAUCCACUCUGCAGUUGUGAGUGUUCUUUCAGUUCUUUAAAGCCAUCUUCUGGUAUUAUUACAUGUGACACUAUCAUCAGUGAACGCAGGCCUCUGCCUAUUUUCAGCGUCUUUGAGAGCCAGCUCUCUGCUUGUCUCUCUGAUAUGCAUCAGCAGCCGGAGCAGCAGAAGCAGCAUCCAGCUAUGCCACAGCUCCAUUACACCAUCCGGAAGAAGCAAAAUCAAUGAUUGUAUUCAAAACCAUUUAAAAGGAGGCAUGACGUGCUUAAUUUGAAAUAGAGGACAACAUGUUUGUCAGUAACCACAAUUUUUAGGCACUUAAUUAGACAGGUAGGUGGAAUAAGAAAUAGUAUUAAAAGUAACGUUUGGAACUAGUUAGGUUUGUCAUUGUAAGGUUUAUUAGUUUUUGGUUGGUAUUUAUACAAGACAACAGUUUACAGCCAGUGUGAAAGCCUUGAGGAAAUGCUGGUAUUGCAUGUGUCCUUUAGCACUCCUCUGCUGAAUUAUUAAUAAUCUGUGUUGCUAUAUUUACCAAGCCAGGAAGUGUAAUGUCAUCGCAACGAAGCCAAUUUCUGCUAACUUGAUAGUUCAGCAUUUAUCAGGCUGGCAGCUCUUUAAAUGUAUGUGUAUUUCUCGAUGAUUCCAAUUGUUUUUAACAUUUUCUUAAGUAAAAAGGCUGAAUUUGCAGAUUUCCUAAUCAAAGGAAGAAGGAAGAAACCUAAGGUGAGGCCACAAUGAGUGUGGCUUCUCUGCUUACUGCGCAAGCCCCGCCUACUGUUUGAUUGCACGCUGAGUUGCCUCAUGGCGCCUGCCAAUUUCCGUUUGGCAGCAUGUCGCAAAUAAUAUGUUGCAAAAACAUUUAUCAUACACCAUGACUUUUUGCAGCCUGUGUAAUGUCUUUAAUGUAAGCAUGACAUGAUUAUUCUUGUCACAUGAUGUCCUUCCACAGAGGAAAAGCCAUUUGUUUGGUUUUUUUUUUGCUAGCAUUAGCUAGCACUAGCUAGCAGAAAAUUAAAUGCAUUCAAUUUAUUUUUAUGCUCUGCUGAAUGAAUGAAUGAAUUUGACUGCCAAGAUGGAGGAUUAUAAACCCAAACUCACCAGGAGGUAAUCAGAACUUCUCCUGGAGAAGGGAAAUACAAAUCACAGGUAAGCACACAAAUGUUUUUCAAUUUAUAUAUAAAAAAAAUGCAAGAAGUAUCUGAAAAUAUUUUUUUUAACCAAAGUGAAUUAGUCUCCUUUUUUUGUUUAUACUCUUAAAGGGAUAGUUCGGAUUUUUUGACAUGUUGUAUAACAUCCCCUUCAUCAGUGUAGUGCAUCAACACUUACAGUACCUACCUCCACACCCACUUUGUCCGGUGAGCCCAGCUCUGGUCGGAUUUCGGUGAUGAGGAACGUCGUUCCGGUUAGUUGGUGGGACCACCUGAGUAAAGACUUUGACUUCUCAAAACAAUAUGCGUUAAAGAGUAAUACAUUUGCAUCCUAAAAAUGCCAGCUUCAAAAAAAUCAAUCGCUUGGCGUUACUUUCUCUCCCGUCGUAUCACUGCACGCUGUCGCCUGUCCAUUGUUGUGUAUGUGUUCCACAGUGUUUACAUGCGCGGAUGAAAACCGCUGUGGAACACAUACACAACAAUGCACGGGCGACAGGUGAAUCUGAAAAUAUGCUUAGAAACCUUUGCUUUUUUGCAACACUUUUUUUCCCCCCCAAAAGAUGAGUAUGACGAAUGGACUCACAUUUUAACGAGUUUCCCACAAGCAGCACGACUACAGCAUCACCAUCAGUUAUCAUGUUUUGUUCUUGUGUUGUUGUACUAUUAUUAACAGUGGCCGUGUCAUAAGUGAAAAUGUUAGGCACAUCUGUGACUGUGAAUCAUCUCAACAUUACGCCUUUGCAAUCAAUGUUACAGCUGUUUAUUGUUUUUACAUUUUAAUACUGGUUAACUUGUCUUUACUUGUAUGACCAUUACAAAAAUGUUAAAAUGUUACUUAAAAAAAUUCCCUGUACAUUUAUUAAAGGUUUUACUAUGGCAGCAGAGGGAAAGAAGAGAUUAUAUAGAUGUUCCACAGCAUUUCCUCUGAUUUAGACUAGAAGCCAAAAGUCUAAAAAGUAGGACAUUUAGUACUCCCAUGUGUAUUUGUAGUUUGAUUCUUUACAGGACAGUCUUGAUAAAUGAACCACAGUCACAGUGUACCCUAUGCAACAAUCACAUCAUAUUUGCUUCCCCUGACUCAGUGUCUUGUUUGUGAUCUGUCUCAGCCAACCGUGUUGUCUUUAUCCGUGUCCAGGGUCAAAGGUCAUAGAGAAGUCUCCACACAGGAUCCAUUCCUGUGCAGAGAGCGAUGGUCGUGGUUGAGGCAGCCUUCAUUGUUAUGUACAAUGAGUACGGGAAAGUAUAGUGCGUCUUGGUACGCCGGAGGGCUCUCCUCCCUGUCCGGCUGGCCCGAUAGGCACCGUGUGCUCUCCGUCGGCCGGCUGGGCUCGUUCAGGCUCCCACUGCUCCUCCACGGGCAGCUACGCCUGGAGCUGUAGAGGCGGCCCAACGAGAAGCGGCUGGCGCUGAAGGGCAGGCGAGGGCUCGCCGUGUUGCAGAUGCU